CUUAAUGAAUUCUUUAGUGCAAGAUAACUUUUAGAAACAGAAAAUAAAUAUAUAAAAAGGCUGUUUCUCCUUUAAUCUAAUAGAGUUUCUGAGCACAAGGGAAUGAAAUAGACAUUUAUACAUUAAUACAAUAAUCACAUUAUAUGUAUCACAAGUAUCACUGUCACACUGACCAUAAUAAAACAUCUUGAAGCAAUUUGAUGAAAGUGAUGGAGAUAAAAUGCAUCAAGCUUGAUAAUUUAAAGAUGAAUCUGGGCCUCAGCAGUUUGAGUGAAUCUUCCAAAGGAACAAUGGAAGAAUAUCACUAUAAAUGUAUGUAACUUUGGGAAAUGAAUUCCAACUUAAUAAUAUUGCUCUUAAGACUUCUGACCCCUGGUUCUCACUACAGGUGAAUGUUGAGAUGUAUUUUUCCAUCAGUUGCUUUGAAUUUCACCUUUAUAUAUAUUGUUAUAAUGAUUUGGCCUAAUUUCAUGAACUUUAGAGGAGAUGCAAAAUUGACAAAAGAGCCUAAGGAAGGAGAAAGAGAAUGGAAAGAAGAGAAGAGCAGUAACGUUAGCAGGAGGAGUAGGGGGAGAAGGAGAAGGAGGAGAAGGAACAGGAGGAGAAGGAGGAGAAGGAGGAGCAGGAGGAGCAGGAGGAGCAGGAGGAGCAGGAGGAGCAGGAGGAGCAGGAGGAGCAGGAGGAGCAGGAGGAGCAGGAGGAGCAGGAGGAGCAGGACCAUGAGGAGGAGGACCAUGAGGAGGUCUGUGGAGCCCAGGCACUUCCGCACCAUGUGAGCGACCUGAUGAUGCUCAUUUGCUCCGGACCCGAUGCCGCAUCCUCCCUGAAAGAUCCGCAGAGCCCGAGCAGAUCUGAAGCUUCCAUCCGCCGGAGACAGCUACCUUCAGGGGGAGAGAGAGACCAGAGGCCGGGGAGGAGGCUCCAGUAGCUCCGCUCAUCACCGGAGUCUGUCCCCGCCAGAGAGCACCUGUCUCCCGGGGAAAUGAGUUCAGACGUUGCGGUGACUCUGCUCGUGCUCGCGGGGAUCGUCGGGCUCAGCGAGGCGACCCGCAGGUUGAUCACCAGGGGCCUCGCGCGCACGGCGCUGUGCGUGUACGCGGUGGAGCUCGUGUCCACCUUCCAGCUGUGCUGCUGCACGCACGAGCUGAAACUGCUGGCCGAAUUGGGCGGGAUCGAACCACGCGUCGCGCUCAGUCUGACCUACCUGGCCGCGGUGGUGCACGGACUCACCUUCAGCGGCGCCAUCGGUAACCCCACCGGGACUCUCGAGCACGCGUACCGCGCGAGGAUCCCGGGCGGCAGCGCCCUGCGGAGGAUCGCGUGCCAGUUCGCCGCGGCCGCCUGUGCACGAGCCGCGGUCCCGGUGAUGAGGGGACUCGGGCUGUCGAGGCUGCACGUGCAGCACAAGCUGCUCGGUUACCGGUGCGUGAGCCCGGUUCACGCGCCUCUGCACCAAGCCGCCGCCGUGGAGCUCGCAUGCGCCUUUGCGGUGCAGACUGCCCUCACGCACACGCGAUCGGUGGAUGAGAAAUACCGCGUGCACGCGAUAGCUGCGGUCAUCGCAUCAGUGGUUUAUGCAGGCGGCAGUUCGACAGGGGCCGUGUUCAAUCCGGCCUUGGCCUUCUCCACUCAGUUCCCCUGCAGCGGACACUCCUUCCUGGAGUACUGUGUGGUGUACUGGCUGGGCCCCCUGCUGGGUAUGAUGAGCUCGGUGCUGCUGUUUGAUCAACUCGGCCCUCUGCUGUCAAGGAACCCGACGUCUGUCCCUCGUCCCGUGGAGACAAAGAAGAGGACAUGAGCCUCAGGUUCUCUCCUGCAGCACAGAGGGACUCAGUUCACCGGCCGCUGACCUCAGUCCUCAGACGUUAGACACUGACACGCACUUUUCUUAAAAGACAUUUUAACCUGAAGGUUCUUGUUGGUCCACAGAGACGCUCCAGAGUCUGGAGUAAAUCUGCUGAUUGGACUGAACCACAGAAGGUUGAGUGAUCACUGGUCACAGAGCUGUCACGUCUAAUAACUAAGUUUGAGGAAAUUAAAGUUUGCAUGAGUUUCGUAAAAUGUAAAUAAAGAUAGAUCAUCUUGAUGGCCCCCUGGUGGCCGGAUGCAGUAUAGCUCAUACACUUCUCCACCUCCAUGUUUACAGUAGUACAUGAAACAAAUUACACAUUCAAUAAAUGUUUCUGUCAUGUCAGGUAGUUCCUAUCACACUGGGGUUUGGUCAUGUUUCGCAUCAGAUUGGUUUGAAUUAGUUAUUUGAUGAAACAGAGUGAAACGUAAUGAUUGACAGCUGAGACCAACUCCUGAUUGGUUGAGCCAGUGUAUCAGCGGCACCUUGAUGCUGCAGCGCCACCACCUGGUCACUGCUGCACAGACUCUGGCUCCACAAGAUGGCAGCGAUUGUUUCAGAGUUUGAAUGUGGGAGGAAGUGGAGACCUGUCGCCCAUAAUCAUUUCCUGUUUAUAGUCGGUAUUCUAUGAUGAAAAAGUUACUUGCCUGAUUUUGCCAAACUCCAAUCGACAAUGAGCCUAGUAAAGUUCUUAAUAUAUCUACUUAUGCUAAUUCACUGAAUAAUGGAACAAGUGAUAAUGUAUAUGUGGUACUAAAACACUAAAUAACUUUUCUUAACAAAGUGCUUACUAUUUAAUAAUAUUAAUACUUAAAGUGACAUUCCAGACACAAUGUAGAAGCGACAUGGUUUCAGAUCUGCACAGAUGAAUCCGGUGCCUUUUGAAUUCUUUAAAAACUGUAAAGGCAGAAUAACCAUUUGAAAUCUGAUUGAGUGACUGGUUUAUUUCAGUGUGUAAAUCAUACUGGAAGUCGGGCAGGAAUUAAAGAACCAAGAACUAUGGUUUUGUUCUCAGCCCCCCCGAAACCAGUGGUAGUAGUUUUCCUGUUUACAAAUAAACAGACACAGGUGAAAACAUAACCUUCUAACU